AUCAUAGAGACCCUUCAUAGCUGAUAUGUGUAGCAGAAUUAAAUAAUUCAGUAGUAGUGUGCGGACUAUAGAGCAGUUACAAAACUUUCAACUUGUCAGCUAUUCUAAUGAGCACAGCUAGUGGUGUUACUGCAUUCAGUGAUUGUUCACACUGUACAAUAUUUGUUUCUAUGGGAAAGUUGUGUUUAUAACUGUAAACAGGAAAUUCUGCAUUAUUGAUAAUUUUGAGUGUAAGACUAAAAGCAACGGAACUACUUGGAAUUACGUUUAAGUUAUAUUGAAGGUUAAUGCCUUGGACAGUCUACUAUGUGGGAAGUUAAGUCAUAGGAACUAGUAUGUGUAUCGAUGGUGUAGAUGCUUUGUUGAUUGGUUAAUUACACAGACAAUUAACAGGGAUUAACGCAAGAAUAUCUGGAAAUUAAUGAAAUCGACAUAACCAUAAAUAGUCUGAGAUUGAAAGUUUAAUGUCUGUUUUAACAGGAUGCUGUUCUUGACUAAAACUGAAGAUGUGAUUGUCACACAUUAACACUGGCAAAAAACGGAUGUAGAAUGUACCGUUCAGGUUAAAAUCUUGUGCAUUGGUAAACCUGAUCUAAAAUUGACUGCUUUGAAGAUAAAGAAUCAUGAUGGCUUUGUGUACUUGUGACAGAAGUCAUUCUGAAAAUCAGCAGUUAAACUGUGACAACUAUUGUCUGAAACACUCGUAACUAUGAAUGGUAUUGGAUGUAAGCAAACGAAAGUGGGGUACAAGAAACAAAUAUAUCUGAAGUAACGAUGGAAAAAAUGCUUUUAUUCUUAGUAUGUGUUAUACAUGUGGUUAGUGCAAUGUCAUCUUAUAAAGUUGAAAAACAAAUUCUAAAGGAUGAAAAUGGUUUGAAUGGAUCCAUCACCCACUUUGUUUAUGAUAAUUCCACGAAGAUGUUUUAUGUUGGUGCUGUCAAUCGUAUUUUCAAGUUGAGUCAAUCGUUGGAAGUUCAACAACAACUAGUGACAGGCCCUGAACCAGACAAUCACUUAUGUACUGGAUCUACAUGUGCGAAAGAAUUGACCGAUAAUUACAACAAAGUUUUACUCAUUGAAACCAACACAAAUGGAAAUGAUCGUCUUGUUGUGUGUGGCAGUAUAUUUCAAGGUUUUUGUGAAUUUAGGGACUUACAAAAUAUAAGCAAAAAUAUGUCUAAUAGAAUGCAUACAAACCUUGUAGCUAAUUCAAAAAGUGAUUCUACUGUUGGUUUGAUUGUAAAGCAAAAUCUGAAUGAAAAUAUUUUAUUCAUUGGAGCAUCUUACCCAAUCAGUCUUCACUGCAAGGAUGAAAAUACUAAGAAUGUGUUUUUUCUUAGACGUAAAGAUAUACCUGCUCUAAGUAUGAGAAAACUUACUAGUGAUGGAAGCGCCUUUUCAUUGUAUAAGGAAGCCUCAUUUAUUGAACAACAGCCUCCUUCUGCUCUCAAAAUAAUUUAUGAUAACAUCAGUAAAUAUAUAAUUGAUUAUGUAUCAGCUUUUUCAAUUCAGGAAUAUACAUAUUUUUUAUCUUAUCAGCCAUCUGAUUUAAUUCAAAACUGUGAAACCAAUGCAAGCCCUAAACCCUCACAGUCUAGAUUAUCUCUCACCUGCAAUAGAGAUACUCACUUUUAUUCAUAUAUUGAUAUACCGCUUACUUGUGGAAAUACUAGUACUACAAAUUAUAAUAUAGUGCGUGCUGGAAAAACUAUUAUACCUGGUCUUAAUUUACUGAAUAAACUUGGAAUUAACAGUAACGACAUAGAAAGCAAGGAAAUUCUUGUCGCUCUGUUUGAAACUAGGCAUAAUGGAAAAACAGAUUCUGCAGUUUGCAUAUACACAAUUCAUGAAAUACAAGAGAAAAUGAAGUUUAAUAUACAAGAAUGUCAGAAAGGAAAUAAAACAAUGAAAGGAGAACACUUUGACGAUGGUGCUACUUGUACACAUCAGGGAUCAGUAAUAGGAAGUGGACCUACACUGUGCACUACCAUGAAAAGUUAUUACGGAGGAAGAAUAUCUGGAGUGAUUGGUGCUCAAGUUCAACCUGCCAUUGUCUUCCAAAAUACUGCUUUGACUUCUGUUACACUUACCACAACAUCUAACUUCACUGUAGCUUUCCUUGGUACAUCAAAUGGACAUGUGAAAAAGAUAGUGAUAGAGAACAAGACUAUGGCAAAAGAAUAUGACCAAGAGUUGGUCAUAGACGAGGGAAGUCCUAUUAACCAGGAUACAUUCUAUGACUUUGACCAUAGAAAUCUGUAUCUAACGAGUCAGAGAUUGGUUGCUAAGGUACCUGUAGAAAAUUGUGGACAGUAUGCCAGUUGUACAACAUGUUUAGCCAGUAAAGAUCCAUUUUGUGGUUGGUGCACCUUGGAAAACAGAUGUACUUUAAAAUCAAACUGUUCCAUGGCAGACCAAAGCUCAGAUCGAUGGAAAAUUCUGACUGACUGCACUGCUAUUGACAACAUCUCUCCACCAAUGGCGUCCUCAACAGAGGAUAUUACGCUAUACAUGUCAAUCAUAGAUAUACCACGUGAUUCAAACUAUAGCUGUGUGUUUGACUUUGGUGACAAACAACAAGCCACUCCUGUUAAUUCAUGGAACUUUGGUAUCAGCUGUAAAACUCCUCAGAUAUCUUCUCUUGGUGUAGACUUUGGACCUACAGGCAGCAAGAAUGCCACAUUGUCGAUACGAUCAGAAGAAACCAAGAAGCUAUUUGUGUCAAGAUACUUCACAUUUUAUAACUGUGAGAGUUUUUCAAGUUGCACAUCAUGUACAGAUAACAAUUACGCUUGUGACUGGUGUGUCUAUGAGAACAAGUGUACCUUUAGGACCAACCCUUGCAAAACUCAGACUAUUUUUAGCCGUAAUAUAUUUGAAUAUGAUCCCGCUAACCAUACCGAAGCUAACUACACAGUCCAAAUCUAUGGUGAUGGAAUACGACGAGGUCCAACAUUUUGUCCAAAGAUUGACAAAGGGCGAACUGGUGAAGUCUACAUACACAACAAUACCAGCAAAGAAGUACUCAUCAUUGGGUCUUCUUUUCCUGAGAUUAGGAAUGGGAAUGGUUAUAAAUGCAUAAUUGGAACAGGUGCUUAUAGUAAUGGGAACAUUGAGGCAGUGGCUACCAGAAUAUCAGGGACAGAACUUAAGUGUCACGUUCCAUUGAGACUAUAUGGACUACCAAAUAAUGGCAUUCUCGAAGCCAGUUUAAGAGUGACAUGGGGUAUUAAUGGAGCAGAAAUCGAAAAUGAUGGAGCUAUAGUGCAAAUAUACAGCUGUUCAAAAAUGGCUCAUGGUGACUGUAGUCUGUGUAAGAAUUUUGAGCAAUCUCGUGCAUCGCUGAAUUGUCAGUGGUGUGAUAACCCAUUGCAAUGUCAAUACAAGAAUCAUUGUUCUGCAGUUGGAGCAGUAGCAAGGUGUCCAGGUCCACAUAUUGAUUCAGUAACUCCACGGGUAGGCCAUGUUUAUGGAGGUACAAUUGUGACAAUUAAAGGAAGAAAUCUUGGUGCUGAAUUUGUUGAUGUACAAAAUAAUGUGACAAUUGCUGGAGUAGCCUGUGUUCCUAAUGGUGAUCUGUACCAACCUGCCAGAGAGAUAGUUUGUAUACUCGGACCCAGUGAUGCAGGUGUUAAAAAGGGACAUGUCGUGGUUCUCAACAUACCAUUCAAAAAUUUUGAAUUUCAAUACAUGAAUCCAAUAUUGCAACGAGUAACCCCAAAUAAAAGAGCAGUGUCUGGAGGAGCCAUUUUGACCUUGCAAGGAGAUCCUAUCUAUUUAGGAACCUCACUGGAGGUCACAGUGAAUGAUCAAAUGUGUAAUAUUACAAGUAAGAAUAAAGAACAAAUCAAGUGUCGACUGCCUCCUGGUAGAUUGGGUAAAGCUAAAAUUUCUGUAAAAGUUGAUGGUAAUGAGAUCAGACAGGAUAUGGUUGGCAACACAAGUUUAACAUAUGUAGCAGAUCCAGAAAUCACAAAGAUACAACCAUUGAAAAGUUUCGAUAGUGGAGGUAGAAGACUAACAGUUAUGGGGACCAAUAUAAACAUUAUUGAUCACCCAAAAAUGUUCAUCUGGACAAAUUUUGUCAAGUCAAAUCUUACAAACUGUCAGGUCAAAAAUGAAACAUUUAUGUUUUGUCCAUCACCAAAACUCUUGACAAGAGUCAGGCGACUUAGAAGAUCAACAGCAAAGGUGACAGCAGCAAUUGGAUUUAUAAUGGAUAAUGCAAUUAAUGUCCAAAAUCUGACUGACAUCAACAGCCAAUUACAGUACUACCCAAAUCCUCAAGUGUAUAAGUUUGACCCUGAUAAGGAAGACAAUGACAAUGUGAAACUCUUCAAAUCAGAAAUCGUUAUCAUAAAUGGAAAAAACUUGAUGGUGGCAGCUAAAAGAGAAGAUGUCCAAGUUGCUAUUGGAAAUGCUAAUUGUAAUGUAACAAAUUUAUCAGAGGAUCAGAUUGUAUGUAACCCUCCCACAUCACAACCAAAGUCAACACCUGGAUAUAGUAGGAGUGAUAUACCUGCAGUUGUGGUCAAGAUUGGUAAUGUCAAAUGGUUUGUUGGUUACUUGGAAUAUGAAUCUGCCAAGGAAUUGGGUAUACCACUUGAUUACAUAAUUGGUGGAAUUGCUGGUGUUGGACUGUUUAUCAUCGUGACAAUCAUCAUAUGUUGCUGUAUCUAUAAACGUCAGAAAAACAAAUCAAAAAGAGACUUUGAAAAAAUGAGGUACCAACUAGAUAACAUGGAAAGCACAGUCAGAAAUGAGUGUAAACAAGCCUUUGCUGAGUUACAAACAGACAUGACAGACCUGACUGCUGAGAUAGGGGAUGGAAAGAAACCUCUCUACAGAUAUGAUGAUUAUACAUUUAAAAUACUUUUCCCUCAGAUGCUAGAUCAUGUUGUACUUCAUCCUCCAAUUCCAAAGAAUGGAAGCAAUGAAAGACAUCCAGAUGUUGCAAUUUGUCAUUUUAGUCAGCUUUUACAACAUAAACAGUUCUUAUUAAAGUUCAUACGCACAUUAGAAAAACAAAAAAGUUUUGGAAUUCGAGAUAAAUCAAAUGUAGCUUCCUUGUUGAUAAUAUUGUAUCAGAAUAAUUUGGAAUAUAUCACUGAAAUUAUCAAGUCAUUAUUAAAAGAGUUGGUAGAGAAAUCAGUGGAAGGAAAACAUCCAAAAUUAAUGCUGAGGAGGACAGAAUCAGUGGUAGAAAAACUGCUGGCUAAUUGGUUAGCUCUCUGUAUGUAUAAAAAUUUAGAGGAGUCAACUGGUUCCUCUUUGUAUUUGUUGUACCAAGCAAUAAAAUUCCAAGUAGUAAAAGGUCCAGUAGAUGCUGUCACUGGUGAUGCAAGGUACUCUUUGUCUGAAGACCGGUUACUAAGGACAGAAAACAGACUGGAACCUGUUACCAUAACAUUAAAUGUAGAAUAUGAAGGGAAGAAAUACAAAUGUCGCUGUCUAGACUGUGAUACCAUUACUCAGGCGAAAGAUAAAAUGUUGGAUGUAAUAUACCGUAACAUUCCAUACUCAACCAGACCAGCAGGGGAAGACUUGGAUCUGGAUUGGGUUAAUGAGAAUAAAACCCUGCAGGAUGAGGACAACUUGAAAUGGAAAGACAAUGCAGGGUGGAAGCAAUUAAAUAUGUUGAAGGAUUAUAAGCUCUGUAAUGGAGCUGAUGUGGUUCUGACACAGUACCAAAAGUGUCGAACUCUGCCUAGAUCUCCUAAUGGUAUAUCCUUAACAUAUGGUGGUAGUACAAAAAGAUCUGUUCAUUCCUCAGGAUUUUACAAUCGAGAGGCCGUCCCUAUCACACGCACUGACAGUGAAGUUGGUACCAAGUACUGGCAUCUGGUAAAACAACCUGAUGAUGCCCAGACAAAAGGCCUUAGUUCAGAGAUAUAUCUUACUAGAUUGUUAGCUACAAAGGGUACUCUGAAACAGUAUAUUGAUGAUUUUAUUAAAACUGUGUUGACUGCUAGUCCAAAUAUGCUUCCUGUGAUAAAAUAUUUGUUUGAUUUCUUGGACGAUGCAGCCAAACAACACAAUAUUACAGAUCCAGAAGUAGCAUACACAUGGAAAUGUAAUAGUUUGCUACUAAGGUUCUGGGUGAACAUAAUCAAGAAUCCAGACUUUGUAUUUGAUAUCCACAAGACCAAUAUAGUAGAUUCAUGUCUAUCAGUGGUAGCUCAAUGUUUUAUGGAUAGUUGCUCAACAUCAGAUCAGAAUUUGAGUAAGGAUUCCCCAUCAAAUAAAUUACUAUUUGCCAAAGAUAUUCCAGUGUUCAAGAAAUCUGUUUCAAAGUAUUUUGAGGACAUACAGAGAAUGCCUGCAGUGAGUGACCAGGAUCUCAAUGCCCAUCUAGCGGAAGUGUCUAGGAUGAGCACGAAUUACUUUACCAAAGACAAUGCAUUGUUUGAAUUGUACAGCUAUGUACAGAAAUACAGUAAUGAGAUAAAUGAAAGUUUAGAAGCUGACAGUUUGACAAAAGCACAACAGUUUCCAGAUAGACUUGGUAAUGUGAUUACAAAUAUGGAAGGUCCCUCCAAUGUUGGAAUGGCCUAUGUGUAACAAUGAUAACAAAAACAAUUGAUGCAAUAAACUGUGAUAUAACUUGGUGACAAAAUGUUGUCAAGGCGUUUUUUUCUUAGUCCAGUCUGUUUGAUAUAUCAUGAGAUGGUAUAUUUGUGUAAAUGGUUCAUUUGACUACUAGUGUUAAAUGGUGCAAUAUUUGAAAGGAAAAAGAUUUUUUGUCAAGCAGUGAAAUGGAGCCUUGUUAAAGAAAACCAAUAAUAUGCAAAUUCAGUAUACUGGUACUAUUGGAUAACCAUGCAUUUGCUAUCCAAUCAAAUAGCUUAGAAUUCUUAAAUUGGAGAAGUUAACAUAUUUUGUUACUCUCUAAAAUGUGGGUUUUAUUCAGACUAAAAAUGUUGUGUUGCAAAGCAAGAGUGGUUAGUCCUAUCUGGUUCUACCAGAAAAAUGCAUGUGUUCACCUUUUAGUAUAGGCUCACAAAACAGAGUUCAUGAUAUUCCCCAUACAUAAGAGAAAACUUUUAAAGGAACAAAUAUUUAAAAGAGAUCAUUGCUUUUCCAUUUGUAAUUUAUUUCACGACUGCACAAAUUAUCAGGUUUUAAGAAACAUAUUCAAGAAAUGGCAAAUCAAAUCAGAUACAUCAUAAUUAUUAUUGUGACAUUGUUACAUUGUGAAUUAUUAGUUUUGAAUCUAUACAAGUUAUGAAUUCCUAUUCAGCAUUCUGUAUAAAUUUUAUGAUGGCAAAGUGAAUGCAAAUAGAUAAUUGCUUUUCAUAAUAGGACAUCAGUUGCUUUAAAAUUGUACCCUGUAUGCAAAUUACAUUUAAUACAAUUAUAGUAUGUUAUAAUGUUAUGUAUGUAAGUUUUGGGGAUUUUUAUGUUAGAAAAUAUUUUAUAUUAAAUAAUAUAUUUUGUAUUUUUUUAAGUCUUUCAUUUUCUAUGGAUCAGCACUACAUCUUAUAUAGUUUAUUGUUAUGAUAUGAAUGUAGUCAAAUAUUUCAGUUAUGUUUUUAGUUGUUCAUAUUUUGUGCUAUUGAAAACAACCUCAACUUUGUUUUUAUGAUUGUUCCAUUAAAAACCAGUAACAUUCAUGUGAAAUGCAGAUUUAAACAUAUUCCUUCUCUUGGGGUUCAAACACACAAAAGAUCAAACAUUUGUUUUAUAACCUAUGUAUAAUAAGAUCAAUCUUUUUGACAAGUACACACAUUUCUGACAAACAAAUACUUCAUAAUAAAUAUGCACCAUACAUACUUUGUACUUGUUUGGCCGUAUAACUAUUUUGAUAUGAGCGUCAUUGAUGAGUCUUAUGUAGACAAAACGCACAUCUUGCAUACUAAAUUAUAAUUUUGGUACAUUUGAUAACUAUAGAAAAACUACUUUAAAAUGAUUUACCUCAGAGAAACAUGGUAUUGUGUAAAACUUUCAUAUUUAUUGAUUGAUACCUGAACACAAGUUCAUUGAACAGAGAAAACUUAAGUCUUUGAAAUAAGCCUAAGUCUGCAAAAUAAUAUUUGCCUUUUCACAUCAUUUUACCAUGGGGUUAGCAUUGUGGUUAUGUCAUUUUAUAAAGCAGUAAGAUCUACAAUCAACCAAUAUGUGUUAGAAUGUGUACAUAUGUGUACCCUAUUUCAAUAUCACUGAUCAGCAUGACAUAAUACAAAUGAAAAGGAGCUGAAACCAUUAAAGAAAUAGUUAAAAUGCUAUCGUACACUUGAAAAUCUUUUUUUCACCUUAAGUUAGAGGUGAGAAGGUUACAUUUUUAAAUUUUUUAACAACAUUGCAACUACCAAUGCUGUGUUAAAGGGAACAACAUGUGUUAUUACUUAGCAUUUGUGUUAUGUUUCUGGAAUAACAAAACAACUAAAAAAGGUUAACAUUCUUCUUAAAGAGUUUGACAUCAGGAAAGUCUUAUUAGUUUCAAUCAAAUGUUAUUUGUUGUAUAUUAUUUUUUGAUUUUUAUAGACGUUUUUAAGAAAUAUAUAUGUGUUCAUCUUUUUACUAAGUCAUUUUGAUAUUUACUGAUUUAAUUUUCGUAUGAAGAGAGAGUUAUGAUCAUAGAAAGGAUUAUGUUAUUUUCAUGAUGUACUGUUCUCACAGGAAUGGAAAGUGAGUUAGAUUUUAUAAUUGUUUACUCUAAACAAAUAUACUUAAAAAUUAUAUAACAUUUACAAGGAAGGUAUUCAGUGUAAACAUUCUAUUCAUGAAUCUAAUUUGGCAAAAAAAAGAUCCCCUAAAAUAUUUAAUUUUUAUAUAAUGUAGCUAUUUACAUUAUCUUUACUUUAAGCAGAAAUAUCUAUAUUUUUUUAAGCGUUUGACAAAGAAUCAUUACAGUGAUCUUUAAUAUCAGAUUUAAAGCAUAUAAUUUCAUCCUUUUUAUGGCCUAAAACAAUACAAAAUUUGUAGUUAGCAAUACACAAUAUUAAAGAAGAUCCUUCUAUGAAUAGUAAAUAAAAUUCUCUAUAUACAAUAUGUUGCACAUUUUAAAAUUUAUUCUUACAGUCAUACUAUGCAAUGUUAUUUAGACUUGGCAAUCGAGAGAACGAGAAAAUUAUGCAAAGUUACUAAUCUAGUCAAAUGAUCUGCAAUGUCUGAAGUUCAAUAUUAGUAAGACGAGCUUGAUUUAAAUUCAUUUUUGCAACUAACUGCAUGAGAAUUUUAAAAGGAAAAAAAUCCACAUUAGAAUUGGACAAUGAUAAAAUUUGAAAGGGUCUGUUAAUCACUUAUCAUGCCUGCAAAACACUAUUUGCUCUGUAAGUUUUUUUUGUUUUGUUUAGAAUUUAAAUGUAGUUUGGGUGUGUUUUUAAAGAAAUCAAGAUAAAGCUUUGCCAUACAAAGAGUUUGUUACUGUUUCAAAUCAUAAAUAAUUUAAUGGCAUGGAAAUCAGAGAAGACAUUGAUGACCACACGUAAUCAAUUUUAAGAUGCAAGUGAUUCGACAAGUGUUUUAAACGUAUAUACUUUAUAUAGAUUAUUGUUACAUGAAUUAAACAAAAAAAUGAAUAUUAAACAUGAUGCACAGCUAUAUUUCAAUCUUUGAUUUUUAUGUUAUCUUGUGCCAAAAUAAUUACUUAUUAUUGUAUGUAAAUUUUAUAUGUUUUGUUUUAUAAUUUUUUUUAGGACUGGGAUACACAAAUGUUAACAAAUCUUAAGAAUCAUUUAAAUUUCAAGUGUUUUUUAGUCAGUUACAAAUUAAUGAAAAUUGACAUUUGUGCAACCCAGUCCAGGUUGUUUUAAACAACAUGAAAAAUUAAUUUUCAACUUUAAAGAUUCAUAUUUUUGAAAGAAAAUUAAAAUCCAAUUUAGGCUCAUUUGAGUAGUUAGAUUUUUUUAUAAGGGUCAUACGAAGAAAUUUAUUAUGAAGAUAUGAUGUACAUUGCAGGAUAAGUAUUUUUCAUAAAUUCUAUAUGUUGAGAGAAAUUUUGGAAUAAAUAGUCCCCUUUAACAAAUUUAUGCUACAUUCUGUAGUGAAUUUUUGGUCAUUUUUUACAUGAAUCAAUUGAAGGAUAUAUUUGAUUUUCAUAGUGUUUUACUGAUUUUAUCUAUAAAAAAAAAAAGAUAGUUUAUAUUUAGAAAUUGAUGAUUCAGAAUUAUUGAAAGACUUUUAAUUUGACUAGUUUAUUUUUAGAAUUUCAUGAUUCAGAAUUAUUGAAAGAAUUUUAAAUUUGAGUAAAAGUUUUUCAUUGAAGGUUAUUAGUCCAACAUUAUUCUUAUCAUUUAUCUCAUAAAAACUGCAAUACAUCACUGUCUUCCUUAGAAAGCUUCAUUGAUAGUCCUAAGACAAAUAAUUAUUAGGAAUAUUAGAAGAGCUGAAAAUUUAACAUUAUUUUUGGAGAAAAAUCUAUCAACAAAAAAUAAAUUCAAAUUACUGUUAAACCUGCAAAGUUUACUUUAUAAUUCACCAAAAAUAUAUAUACUUGAAAUAGCUGUAAUCUGCAGCUGCAAUUGUGAUAUUUUUCCAAUUUAUAUUCUUAAUGGUGUUAUAUAAUCAGAAUAUUAGGGCUAAAUAAAGUAAUCUUAUAAUUUUUAAAUCAACAAGUGUUUUAUGUAAGGAUAUUUUUUUUACAUAAAAUCUGAUACAAACUUUGGUUUAUUCUAAAAUAUUGUAUUUAUAGCAAAUUACAUUAAUAGGUAUGAAAUAUGAUAUUGCUUCUAUGUGUUCAGAUGAAAAAUAUUGUUAGCUAUGCACACAGUAUGUAUAUAAUUGUAUAUAAAAUAUGAUUUAAUAUGUAAAUUAUAUGAUAUAAAAUGCUGACUUGAAAAGUUCCAAAUGAUAAUCAUCAUUUAUGAGAAAAUAAAGUAUUGAAAAACUGA